UUGUGGACAGGAUCCUGAGUUAGUUAGAAACAUCUGUCGCUGGGUGAGAGAGGCGGUCAAUAUCCCAUUCUUUGCCAAACUGACCCCAAAUGUGACCAGUGUUGUCUCCAUUGCCAAAGCAGCCAAAGAAGGUAAUGCUGAUGGGGUGACUGCUACAAACACUGUGUCAGGUCUGAUGGGCCUCAAAAGUAAUGGUUUAGCUUGGCCCAAUGUUGGUAAGGAACACCGUACAACCUAUGGGGGCGUGUCUGGUAAUGCUAUUAGACCUAUCGCUCUCAGGGCUGUAACAGCCAUCGCCAGGGAGCUCCCAGGGUUCCCUAUUCUGGCCACCGGGGGAAUUGAUUCAGCAGAGGCAGGGUUACAGUUCUUACAAGGAGGAGCCACUGUUUUACAGGUGAGACUAGAGGUACUGUGAGCACUGAGCUCACUA